UUCUUUAAUUUAAUUUUCGAAAUUUUAAGUGAUAUUUUAAAGUUUUAUGUGUUGUAUGUCAAGCGUUAUUUUAAAAUUUUACACAAUUAACAAAUGAGCAAUGAUUCAAUCAUCCAAUUGCUGCAAUGCCAUUGGCAAUGGAGAUAGUAAAAAAGCAACUACUGCGAAAAGAAAUCAAGUCAAUAUUUCUACAUAUUAUAACAAGAAACAUAUUUUAUCAGAACAGGUUAAUAAAGCCGAAAACUUAUCCAUUGCAAUACUGUGCACUUCUUAGUUAUCUGAAAAUGAAGAAAACACUGCUUGCAGUAUCGAAAAAGAUAUUUUAGAACCUUUAACUUUUAUUGAGGAUAUUGGAUAUUAUAUAAACUCAAAGUCUUUAAAUCAGAAUACAAGAUAUCGAUUAAUUAAAAAAAACUGUUUGACUGGAUCUGAUUUUAUUUCUCCUUUUUCAACGCAUGUUAAAUAAGGCAAAGAAGUGAAACGAUACCUAAAUCAGUCUCACUAAACAAAAUUUCCUUGGUUAGCAUAUUCAUCAAUAAAAUCUGGGUUAUUCUGUAAAUUUUGUGUACUUUUCCUAGUUAAUAAUACUGGGGUGUUGAGAAAUACUGAACCAUUAAAAAAGUUAGUCUCUGUACCAUUAAGUACAUUUGCAAAACUACUUGGAAAAGAUGGCGACCUAGAAUCCCACCAAAAUGAUUUAUAUCACAAAAAUGCAGUUUUACAAGCUGACGAGUUUUUAAUCCGUUGUGAGCAGCCAGAAAAAGAAGUUCUUAAUUUGAUUGACAGUGAAAGAAAAAGGCAAAUAAGUAAAAAUAGAGAAAGAAUUACACCUAUUAUAGAGUCAAUAAUUUUUUUAGCAAGACAAAGCAUUCCUCUUAGAGGGCAUAGGAUGAUGGAGAUCUAUUAAUUGAUACUAUUAUAAAAACAUCUGUUAUUAAUGAAGGGAACUUUAGAGAACUUUUAAGAUUUCGAACAAAAUCUGGCGAUAAGAUAUUAGAAAAUCAUCUUAACACAACUCAUGCUAAAGCUACAUAUAUAAGUAAUACUGUUCAAGAAGAAAUAAUAGAAUCCUGCAAUAAUGAAAUUAUUUAUAAAAUAUUGUCAGGUAUUAAAUGUAAUAAGUUUUACAGUAUUAUAUUAGACGAAACUACAGAUGUAUCGCAUUCAUCUCAAAUGACUCUAAUUUUAAGAUAUAUUUUUGAUGAAAAAAUAAAAGAAAAUUUUGUUUCAUUCAUAAAUUGUCACACAUACUUUUAUAAUAAGCAAAAGUCAAACCAGGAUGAACAAAUCAAUCAUAAUGAAGAAUGUUUAGAAAAUACAGAAAGCAACAUUAUUGAACCAAAACUCACAGGUGAUGUUCUUGGAGAAAUAGUAGUUAAUAUUCUAAAAAGUUUAAAUUUAAACUUGAAACACUGUGUUGGAAUCGCAACUGUUGGUUGCUCGGUUAUGACAUCUACAAUUCGUAGUGCUGUUAAAUAUAAUUAAUCAAAUGCAACUCCGAAUGCAGUUUAAAGUCCAUGUACCAAUCAUUGUUUAAAUUUAUCAAUAUCUAAAUCAUCUAGUGUCGUGGCAAUUAGAGACUCUGUUGGUAUUAUUAAAGAAACUGUUAAAUUUUUUAAUAUGUCAGCCAAAAGAAAUCAUGUUCUUAAAAUAGUGUUUGGUAAAGAAAAAUAUUUGAUGAGUUUAUGUGAAACAAUGUGGAUUGAAAGACACGACAGCGUUUUGAUAUUUAAGAAUUCUCUACACCAUAUUAUUAAAUCUCUGAACCUUAUAACCGAAUGGCAAGAUGAUGAUUCAUCAGUAAAGGCCUAUUCUUUUUUAAGUUCAUUAACUACAUGUCAAUUUAUAAUAUCAUUAUUUAUACUCUCAGAGUUACUCAACUUAACGUCACCAGCAAGUAAACUACUUCAAAGUGUUCAAAAAGACCUACAUUUUGCAGAAGAUUGCUUUAAGGAUAUUAUAAAAAUUAUGGAAAAUAGGCGGUCUAACUGUUUUAUAAAUUUUAAAACAAUAUUUAUAGAAAGAAAACCACUUAUGGAAAAAUUGGAUGUGGAACUAAAGUUACCUCGUAUUACUAAGUAUCAAAUACACAGACCAAAUAUAAAUACUUUAUCAGUCGAAGAACACUUUAGAGUUUCUGUUUAUAAUCCACUGUAUGAUCAUGUCCUUGAUGAUUUAAAAUAUAGAUAUUUAAGUAAGAAAAAUGUAACUGUUUAUAAACUGUUACUUCUUAUACCAAGCCAUGUUGUUGCUAUUAAAGUACAUGAUAUGAAUAUAAUUGCUGACAUUAUUGGUAACGAAUACUCGUUUAUUUGCAUAGAGAAACGACAGUUUUUUUUCUUAACUUGACUUGUGGGUUGCAAAAUGGACCAGAGUUAAAAAUGAAGGUAAAUAUAACAUCUAUUUUAAAUUUUUUUUAAGUCUAAAUUAUCUACAUAAGAAAUUAAUAUCUUAUUUAUAAGGAGGUUAUCUACCAUCUGCAGUAUUAGAUGGUUUGGAUUAUUGUCCAGAUAUAUUGUUCCCAAGUAUAAGAACAAUACUUUUAAUUAUUGGUUAUCUGCCUAUUAGCAUUGCAUCAUCUGAAAGAAUUGCAUCAGCUGAAAGAAGUUUUUCUUCUUUGAGAAGAUUAAAAGAUUGGUUACGAUCCCGAAUGAGCCAAGAUAGAUUGAAUGGUUUAGCUCUAAUUUAUGUUCAUAGGGAAAAGAAAUUGUCAACAGAUAGCAUUAUUGAACGGUUUUCAAGAGUUUAAAAAAGAAACAUUGAAUUUAUAUUGUAAUGUUGCAUUUAUUUUAUAGAUAAACGGUUCAUUUUUGUUAA